GGAACCAUUUCCCUAUUUGACCGCUAGGUUUUCCGGGUAUCAUGACACCACAACUGUGGGGCUCUAUUGGAGCGCUCUAAGACUUUGUAGCAGUACUACUGACCCACAUUCCACUGCACUUUAAAAGGGAUCUGGUUAUAAUAGUGAUGAGUACAUCCACUUAAAAAAAAACUAGGUCAGGAAAGAGGAAUUUAUAGUUAUCAAGAAGACACACACAAAGACACAACCUCUUCCUCAUACUUUCUCAAACACUCGCCAGAUACAUUAUCACCUGCGCACAGGUAAAAACCGUAUGUCAUUUUAAGGAUAAUCAGGCGCCGCACUUUUGCUGGAUAUUCUGCACGUUAACAGUAUUUCAGUGCAGUGGAAUGAGUGUUAUCACUGGCUGGAGACGCAGCGUGAUGAAAAAUGGCAGCAAAGGGGACACCCUGCAGGCGAAAGAAAUCUCAGCCGACCCCAAUGGCACCACAACUCUGUUGUCCGUCAUAAACAGUCCAGAACUUGACCCCAUCCUCACAGAUUUCAAGUUACAGUUACCAGACAACAAAGAGGCACUCAACUCCACAGAAGCAUCAAACACGUCCCAGAAGUCGGACCUGUCUUUGGCCCUAGAGGACUGCAUGGCAGCAAUGGACCUGUUCCUGAGGAAUGACUUUGAUGAGGCCCUGUCCAGGCUUCGCUGCAGAACCAAAGACAGCAUGUACCAUGCACUCACAUACGCCACCAUACUGGAGAUGCAGGCCAUGAUGACCUUUGACCCGGAGAACAUCCUGGCAGCUGGUAACACCAUGAAGGAGGCUCAGGCAGUGUGUCAGCGGUUCCGCAAGAAGUCAACCUUUAGCAACAGAAACUCCACAGAAGAGGAACUCCAUGCUGAAGUGUGCUAUGCAGAAUGUCUCCUGCAGAGGGCAGCACUCACCUUCCUUCAGGAUGAAAACAUGGUCAGUUUCAUCAAGGGAGGAAUUAAAGUGAGGAAUAGCUACCAGACAUAUAAAGAGCUUCAUACGGUCCUCCAGUCCUCAAGCUACGUCCAUGGUGACAAUCAUGGGCAUUUUGAAGGCGGAGUCAAGCUUGGAGUGGGAGCCUUCAACCUGAUGAUCUCCAUGCUGCCCACUCGUACCCUCAGGUUGCUGGAGUUUGUGGGUUUCUCUGGAAAUAAGGAGUUUGGCUUGCUGCAGCUGACGGAGGGCGCAGCAGGGCAGACGUUCAGGUCCUUCCUGUGUAAUAUGCUGCUGCUCUGCUACCACACCUUCAUGAGCUUCAUCCUGGGCACUGGGGAAGCAGAUGUGGAGGAUGCAGAGAAACUCCUUCAGCCAUAUCUCAAACGGUAUCCUAAGGGAUCCAUCUUCUUGUUCUUCGCUGGUCGAAUUGAGGUUAUCAAAGGAAACCUGGAUGCUGCUAUAAUGCGCUUUGAGGAGUGCUGUGAAGCUCAGCAGCAGUGGAAUCAGUUUCAUCACAUGUGCUACUGGGAGCUGAUGUGGUGUUUCACAUACAAGAGGCAUUGGAAGAUGGCCUACUUCUACGCUGAUCUGCUCAGCAAAGAGAAUGCAUGGUCCAAGGCAACAUAUGCGUAUAUGAAAGGUGCCUACCUCAGCAUGCUGACCAGGGAGGAAUGCCAACCAUUCAGGGAGAGCGAGGUAGCGUUAUUCAGGCAGGUACAUGGGCUGAAGCAGAAAAUUGCUGGAAAGUCUUUGCCAACUGAGAAGUUUGCCAUCCGAAAAGCCCGUCGCUACCUGACUGAGAACCCAGUUACACUACCUGCUGCACCUCUGGAGAUGAUGUAUAUCUGGAACGGCUACACAGUCAUCGGGAAACACAAAGACCUGACAGAGGGCAUGCUGAAAACACUGGACGAGGCACAGGCGAAACUCGAAAGUAGCCCAAGGACCGAGUUCUCCAUAGACGACCAGUGUCUGCUGAGCCUGCUUAGAGGUCUCUGUCUGAAGCACCUGGGACACCAGGAGGAGGCUGAGCACUACUUCACCCUUGUCCUCUGCAAUGAAACACAGAUCAAGUUUGAUCACUACUUGGUUCCCAAUGCACUGCUGGAGCACGGGCUGCUAUGUCUGGAACAAGGGAGGAAGGAGGAGGGAAUCAAACUACUGGAGACGGCCAAGCAAAGUUACAAAAACUACUCCAUGGAAUCGCGGACCCAUUUCAGAAUCCAGGCUGCUUUGCACAAGGCCAAGGCCACAAGCGAGAAUGGAAUUCACACCAUGCCCUCCAGCCCAUAGCUGAUGUGGGCAAAACAGGCCCAAAGUCCAGCCAUCCCAAAGUGCACAGCCCAAUGCAGCAGGGAUGAGGCAGAGUACCAAACCACCCACUACCAGCAACAAGUGCUUGACUUGCCAGCCAUCAAGCUUUCAAAAAGACACACAACACUACACUAGUACAUUAAACAGUCAAAAGCAUACAGACACUAGUUAUUUACUCAGACAAAGAAAAUCUACGCAAUAUAUAGAAAAUACCUCACUAAUAGAUGGAAAUGUACAGGGUCUCAUCCGUCUAUUGCAAAAACCUAUUCGUUACCAAUGCCUGAAUAUCCUCCCUCUAGAAUAAAUACAUAAAUUCACUGACAAACAUGUAUUUUCACACCUGUCACAAGGGCUUCUGCAACAUACAGUAUUCGAGUGGUUAACGGUAUUCUCCUUCCUGGGUUUUGCCCUCUGCUCGGAGCUAAUGACUCAAAUCAUUGUGUCCAAUCUUGGACAAGGUCUGUCUUGGGUUGACCAUGUUCUAUGGCAGAUAACCUCCUUCCCUAAUGCUUUUAUCUCUCUGAUUAUUUGACUGGAUUUAUUCUUAUUUCUUCAUUUUCACCCUCCUUUCCCCACUCUGAACAGCUCAAUGGAAGUUUUGGCACAUUGGAUCAACUGAAACACUUUCUGUGAAGGAAUGCAUGACCAGUCCAACUGAAUUUUUGUGAAAAUAGUGCCCACUGACUGCACAAAGUUAAGUCAUCCAACCGUGCAAACUCACAUUGCAGGAAUACACGUGUGAUGGUAAGGGGUUAUUUUGUCUGUGUAUUUAUUUAUUAACUGUAAUGGCGCCUUUUACAAAAUUGUCCCGUUUUAAGUGGACAGAUGAAUGUGUCUUUUAGAAAGGCAGACUCCUUCCUUGUUAUCUUAAUGUGGACACAAUCCAACAGUACUUGAGCUCAAACAAACAAGUCUUUCAGAUUGACACAGAAAAAACAGGCUGCCAGUUCCAUCUGUAGUAAGUGAAGCGUUGACAACCACUAGAGCCUUCCAUAUAUAUAAAUAUACACCUCCAACAUCAUCCUAUACAAGAAUGGCUUAUAGGAAACUAUUAUAUAUUAAAUAGUUCCUUUCCUGUGUAAUAAAUGAGCUAAUAGACUGUGUAUGACCAAUGUUAUUUGUAAUUAGAUUUUUUUUUCCUUUUUUCAUGUUCUAUGAUUAUUGAAACUUUAUGUACAACAAGAUGAGUAUCCAACCCCAAGCACUAGAAUGGUGUCUCAAGUUUAAAUGUAAUCAGAACUGAUUUAUUCAUACUUAGAAUAUGGUUUUGGGUGAAAGCAAUUGACCAGGCGUCCAUUUAGACUUUUCUAACGGGUGGAGGAAAUGUAGACAUUGAUUUAUUUUAAAUGGAGAUGAUUGUAGUUUGGGAUGUUCAAAUUAUUAUGUUAGACAUUACUCGUUUUGUUCCAUGGUUUUCUUUGAAUUAACUGAUAUUAGUACAAACAAUCUUAUUAGCACUGUGAUGUUGAGGUCAGCAUAUUAUAUGGGAACUGGCUACUAAACAGAUUGACAUUCCUGGGCCUGUACAUACUGAAUGUUUGUUUUUUAAUUUAAGAUUAAAUGAUAAGUAACUGAAA